AUGGACGUCCCUCAAAAAUACAUCAAUUUCUCCCAACUUUUAUCCGGAAUAAUUGAAACCAAUGAAGGUGUUGACCAAUUAAAUGAAGUUGUGGUCUCGUUUUUGUAUCACUUGUUCCCCAAGGAACUUUUCGUUCGUGCAUUGUCGCUGCUAGAAUCCAGUAACAUGUUUAUUUACGUUUUGGAGAACAAGACCUGCGAUGAGCAUGGAUCAAAGCAAGUUGACAACACUAAUGGAUCCCGGGUGUCAGCAUCGUUGUUAAUUUCAGAAGCAAACCUCGUUCCUUCGGGAAAUGAUUCUAGCAGAACCGAACAGAGACACUUAUGGGAACUACUUUACGAAACGGAACAGCUACAACACAAGUUAAUUGUGGAAAACGAAGAUUCCGUAGGUGGUACACCAGUCGUGACUGAUCUCGACAGAUGGUUUUGCUCCUGUUCAGAGUACAUAACCCUUUUUGGCGAUGAGUUGCAACAAGACGACGACGAACGACCACUUGCUUGCAAACUGGUUCAAGAAAUAGACAAAACGGAAGGUGCACACGACAAGUUCGCCAGAAUAAAACAACAGCAACGCUAUUUUCGUCACGACAAAAUAAUGUGCCCGCAUCUUUUGGCGUUCUCCAUUUUGUUACAGACAGAGCCCAAAACCCUGAGAUACUUCACAGGAACGCGACAAACGGUAUACUUGAUCCGAGUGCAAAAUAUCGACGAAUGGCUACGACUUCACCUUAAUAUCGUUGUAUGA